GAGCCGAACUGCAAGCUGAGAUCGCUGAACGUGUCCAAGUGUUUGCUAGGCGGAUUAGACGCCGGCUGCCUUGGCGAGACUAUUAGAAGGGCGCGUAAUUUGGAUGCUUUAAGGGCUGCGGGCGCGUCAAGGCCGGCGGACGUGAUGCCGUUGGUUCUCGCAUUGACAGAGGCACCGUGUCUUCAGCUUCUGGAUCUGGCCAGUCCACGUCUAGCCCUCGACGAUCAUCCUUCCAGGCUGCUCUGUCACGCACUCGCCAGGAACACCACUCUUAAGCUACUCAGUCUCGAGGGAUGGACUUUUAGAAUAGAGAUACACGAGCGUCCGCGAGCUGAGCCUUUGCAACGCCCGACUACAUCUGGCCGUGCACGAGGGUCCUUUGUCGAGAUUAGGACGUCGGGACGACGCCGGGGCCGAGCUGUUGAGAGCCGCACCGCCUCCUGCCUGUCCCGCAAUUGUGUUUCUCAGGCUGGCCGGUUUUCAAGUGACAGUGAACGAUCGUCUGGCGCUACGAGGGCCGCUUCUUUUGCCAUUCCUCGCGGGCUUCACCGCCCUCAGCGAGCUCGACCUCUCGUUGGACAAGUCCACCAUAGGAGGCAGCAGCGGGUCGUUGCUCUUCAUCGACGACAAGAUCCUGCAGCAUUUCUUCGCCUGCCUCUCCUCUCACUUUAGGAAUCUACAGUCCUUGAGGAUCAAUUUCUGGCGGGUCACGUUGGAGGACAGCGAGAAGACGAUGAGACAGAUCGCGAAAUAUCUGAAGCUGUGCAACCUAAGCUUCCUGAAGGCAAGCGGACUGAUCGUGACCGACAGCGCGAAGAAGGUGCAGAUGGAGCACGUGUUCGUUCAGACGAUCCUGACGCACCUUCAGUAUUUGACCUGGCUCUGCCUGGACGGGGUGGACCUGACGGAGAGCCAAGCUUCGAGUAUUGGAAAAUGCGUGAGAGAUCGGUUCCCGGGUACAUCGUUGGAGAUCAGCGCCAAAGACGUGCACGUGAAGUCCGUGAAGGCUCUGGUUGUCGCGAUAGAGGAAGGGGGAAGGGCGGAGGUCGUGUACACCGGCGGGUCGAGCUGUAGACUGAAGAUCACGAAGAUCCAGAAGAACAGCAAGAGCAAAAAGAAG